GAGGAUCUCCCAGGUGGCAGUUGCGUGGGGGGCAUAGUGCAGAAACAGAAGCGUCAAGGCCCUGGCCGGGGUAUAAAAGACGAGCCGACGCCACUACAAGGCACUGUUUGCAUCUCCAGCAGAGACCAAAACACCACACAUUCACCAUGAAGUUCAUUGUUGCUCUGAUGUGCCUGAUCGUGGCCGCCUUCGCCGCCCCCGCCGAGAAGGACCUUAAGGGUUCUGAGCAGGUGUAUGUUGCCGCUCCCUACGCCUACUCAGCCUACUCUGCUGCUGCCGUGCCUGCCGUCGCCGCUGCCGCCUACCCCUACGCCGCCACCUACCCCUAUGCUGCUUCUGCUUACAGCUACGGAGCCUACCCCUACGCCUAUUACUACCGUUAAACCAACCUCGACUGAACCACCCGGCAACAACCAACUGACGACGUACACGCACAACACACGCUUAAAUUAUUUUUGUAAUUUGCCUCAAAAUAAACCCGUCCCCGUAGCAAUAUACUUAAAAAACAUAAAA